CAUAUAUUAGGGGCGCCAAGCCCGAAAGAAUGAAACCCAGUGAAAAGUCUGGGAGUCAUAUAAGUACCGCAGUCAGGUCUUCCAGAUCGUCCGUUAAGCGAAAUGAUUUUGACUUAAGAAAAAAGGAGGAUGAAGAGCGUACACAGCAGGUGUUUGAAGAGUUUGUUGCCACUUUUGAGGAACCGUCGAAAAGUCGGGCAUGGGUUAAAGGUGGCGUUGUUAACCCAUCAUCAGGCUCUUCGGAGGACUCAAAGGGACCCAGUCGUAUAUAUAGACCCGUUUCUAGACUGGACUUGAAACCCAAGACUGAAGAACAGAACAUUGCCGAUAAGAAGUCAUCUGAAAAGCCACCUGCGCUUGGAAAAAAGAAAGGUCAAGAACAGAAGAAAUCCAAGCUAGAACAGUUUAAAGAAGAGCUUAAAUUGAUUCAGCAGCAAAGAGAACAAAGACAUGCUAUGAGACAAGGAAGGAAUCAGUCGUCCGCACAGUCUGAGCUAGACCUUUCGGAAGUUGGAGUUCGUGGUCGAGAUUAUCGUAGAGGUUCUUCAAAUUCUCAGUGUGGGGACUCGAACAUGAGUUCUCAUAAUAACAACGCGCCUCCAAGCUUUUACUCAAGGCGAAAUCAAAAUGAUCGUCAUGAUGUUGAUUACCCAUAUGACUAUGAUGGUGAUAGGACAACUACUAAUCUUUUUCUUGGAAAUCUAAACCCUAAGAUGACAGAGCAACAGCUGUGCGAAGCAUUUGGUCGUUAUGGGCCUUUGGCUAGUGUAAAGAUCAUGUGGCCCCGAACAGAGGAGGAACGUUCAAGAGGUCGCAACUGCGGAUUUGUUGCCUUUAUGAAUCGAAAAGAUGGUGAAAGGGCUCUUGAUAAUAUAAGAGGGAAAGAGCUUAUGGGUUUUGAAAUGAAACUAGGGUGGGGUAAAAGUGUCCCAAUACCCUUGUAUCCUGUGUACAUUCCUCCUGCACUGCUCGAGUUGGUCAAACCUCCCCCUCCAAGUGGACUUCCGUUUAAUGCCCAACCAAGGGACUGGUUAAAGUCAUUUCGUUUGGCAAUUAAAGAGCGUGCUAAACUUGUGACUGAUGGUGCGGAUAGUGAUAGCGCACCACCACCACCAGCUCCAGAUAGGAAGCCAUAUGACGUCAACAAAAUGUCAGAUGAAGAACUUACUGAGGUCCUUCGUGACGCAGUGGUUAAGGUCGUUAUGCCAAGUGACAGAUCCAUACUUGCUCUGAUCCAUCGUAUGAUUGAAUUUGUCAUCCUCGAAGGUCCUCAGUUUGAGGCUGCAAUUAUGCACAGAGAAACUAACAAUCCAAUGUUUAAAUUUCUUUUUGAUUAUCAAUCCUCGGAGCAUGCUUAUUACCGUUGGAAAUUAUGGUCUAUUCUACAUGGUGAAAGUGUGACGAAUUGGCGUACAGAUGAAUUUCGGAUGUUUGAAGGUGGUCCACUUUGGCGUCCGCCUCCUGUGAACUUGUUCUCAGGUGGCAUGCCUGAUGAUCUUGUUGAAGAGGACGACUACCCUUACGCUCCAGGAUAUGUUCCGCCGCCUCAAAGUAGACGACGUGAAUCAGAAGACUUGCAAGAAGACGUCCGUCUAGAAGCUGCCGCGGCGUCACGUCGUUGUGGUCUAACAGAAGCACAAAGGGGUCGCUUUACUCAAAUGCUUGAAGAUCUCGAACCUUCUCGUAUUAAAAUAGGAGAGGUUAUGGUUUGGUGUUUAGAACACGCUGAUUCUGCCGCUGAUAUUGCUUUGUGUUUAGUCGAUUCUGUUGCUCCAAAUGCGAAUUUGACUUCAAGUCAACCGGAUAAAGAAACAACUCCAGCAGAUGACAACUCUGUUCCUAACUCAAACUCUAAUCGUGAUUCGCCUGAUCGAGAAAAGUCACAGUCAAUAAACAUAAAUAAGUUGGUUGCCCGUUUAUUUUUAACUUCCGACAUACUGUACAAUUCAUCAGCCAAGGUUCCGAACGCUUCGUUUUUCAGAAAAUGUUUUGAAACUUGCCUACCAGACAUGUUCAAAAACUUGAAUUCAUAUUAUAAGAAUGUUGAAGGAAAAUUAAAGGCUGAACAGUUGAAGCAAAAGGUGAUGCUUUGCUUUCGUGCUUGGGAAGACUGGGCGGUAUAUCCAAAUGAAUUUCUUAUCAAACUACAGAAUAUUUUCUUAGGACUUGUGUGCGAGGCUGUGGAUGAUGAGGCUGAUCUGGCAGGUGUUCCAUUGAAUUUAGAGGAGGAUGAGCAGAUUGAAGGCUGCAUCAAAAAAGUGGGAUUUUUGAAUUCAGAUGUUGAAGUUUUGGAAAGUCAACCAUUAGUACAGUAUGAUGGAGAUCCUCUAGAUGUUGAUGGAAGUCCUCUAGAUAAUGAGGAUGCAUCUCCAUCACCAGUACGAUCGAAAAAGUCUAAGUUUAUUUCGAAUGUAGUGGAAGAUGAAGCAAAACCAACUGGAAAUACUUCAAGUCGUUUAUUUGUUCCAAGUAAAUGGGAAACUGUUGAAACUAUUGAACCAGAGAUAACUACAUCUACAAAUAUUUGGGAAUCAGCGUCCAUUGCUGAAACUGAGAAUGACGAGUCCAAUGAUAACAUUCAGUCUACUCCCAGUCGCCAACAAAAACAGACAAACGGUGCGUCUUAUGCCUCUGAUGAAGUGAAUGGAAUCCCAAUUGAUACAAGCCGAUGGAGUAAUAAUAGUCCUACAAAUAAGGUGGAUGAAGAUGUAGAUGGAGAGCCAUUACAGGUUGUUGGGGGUCUUGUUGCAUAUGAUGAUGAAGAUGCCGCCAGUCCUGUUCCUAGUGAAUCUAGUCCUUCACCUACUGUUCCUGUACAGGUUUCUCAAACAGUGUGUUCCUCCCUCACGUCUACUGUGACUCACGUAACUUCAGCACCUAGUACCCCGUCAACGACUGUUUCGGAAGAGCGCCGUGCUAUAUUAAGGGAAGUUGAACUCAAAGUACUAAAGUACCAGGAUGAGUUGGAGGCAAGUCGUAAAGGUGACAAAACGGUUACAGAUGAAGCUAUAAAUAAAAAAUUGCGAAAUCAAAUUCAGCGGUACAGAGAGCGACUUCUGGAAAGCCUAAUGGCAAAUGAACAUUCUUCGCAUAAAAAGGAACAUAAAUCUGUUCAUCGUAGCAAACCGAAGUCCUCCAAAAGCACCAAAGAUAAAAGUGGUUUAACUCCACAUCAAUCGAAAUAUCAGUCGAGAGGGCGUGAAAUGUCUUCCUCCCCUACACGAAGAGAUUCGAGGGAUCGGUCACCUCCACGCUCUUUUCGCGAUCGGGACCGAACUCGUCGACGACACGCUUCGCCUUCUGGGAGUUCGGGGUUGGGUGAUGGUAGUCCUGUUCGUAUGGAUUCACACAGUUUGAGUGAGCGUCGGAGAACCUCUGCAGAUGAGAUGAACUACUCAACUCAUGCGGAUGACAUGGAGGAAGGAGAAGCUAGUGAGGAUGAUGAUGGAGUAGCAUUGUCUUCAAAUCAGUCUUAUGGCAUAACAGCAUCUAAGAAAAGACGUCCUGUGCAUAAAUCGAAUCGCAAACGACAUCGUUCACGCAGUCCAGAUUCAACCGCCAUUCAUAGUCGUCACUCUCAUCGUUCUCCAUCUCCAUCUAGGAAGAAAACCCAUUCGUCGGAUUCCGUCUGCAGAAGUUCAAAGCGAAAAUAACUAUUAUCCCCAGUGUUUUGCACAGAUGGCGUUUAAAGCCGCACCGUUGUACAGUUCCUAAUCUUUUCUCUAACUUUCUGGUCUUUUUUUCUUUGUGUUGGAGCCAAAUUAUGAUGUAGUAUAACAUUUAUCUUCGAAAGUCAAUAAAUUAUGAUCAAGUUUAUUAAAGUUUUUAACCGUCGUUUGAAUGGGUUUUCAUCGAAUUCACUGAGCACUGUUGUGUACAUAAUUGUUUCGUUCAAAACUAACAGGUUUUCUGAAGAUAACUAAUAAAAAUUUAAUAAAUUAUUAACACCUCCUAAGGACAAGAUUUUGGUGCAGUGACGGAAAUUACCGAAGAAAUACCUUGUUUCUUUGACAAAUCCAUGUAUUCGCGGUGAGCAGCAGUUGGUGAAGUGUUGACAAGCAGAUAAUACUAUUGAGAUGAUUAACAAAUAUGACGAGAUAGGAAUAUACAUAUAACGAACGUAGUUGUAACUGUAUUUCUGUUCCUCCUACUAUUUUGUUAUAUGAGAUUCCAUGCGUGUAAAUUUUUGUAAUCUAUAGUAUUCUCAUCGAUAUAAUUUUGUGAUAUGAUAUCGAAGUCUCCAUUAUUUUACAAAUGAAAAAGUUAUCUACAUUGUCGAUUUGUAGCCAUUCAUUCUACCAAGCAGAUAAAUUUCUUGAC